GGCCGAGGGCCGGCGGCGGCGGCCAUGUUGGGAGCCGCUGGGUGCUGCUGAGGAGGCGCCGGUGUGAGGCGGCCGCCCCGGGCGCACUCGCCGCCCGCUCCCCCCUGCCCCCGUUCUCCGCUCCCGGCCCCUGCCCCGGCCCCCCCCAUGCCGCUGGCCUGGCCCCCCCCCGCUCCUUGAGCGCGGCCCGGGCUUCCCUUCCCUUCCCCCCCCCUCCCCGCACACCGCCUGCCGCGGCUUCCUUCUCCCUAUCGCGAUAGUCGCCGGCGGCCGUGGCGGGGGGGGGCUCGCCAUGUCGAACAGCGGUCGCAGCCCUCUGCCUACUGUCAACGAGAGAGACGCGGAGCAGCCCGGGGAGGGGAAGGGCGUCGGGAAGCCCAACAUGCUGCGGGGCCGGAACUCGGGCAGCGCGGCCGAGGAGCAGCCCCACAUCGGCAACUACCGGCUCCUCAAGACCAUCGGCAAAGGCAACUUCGCCAAGGUCAAGCUGGCCCGGCACGUCCUCACCGGCAAGGAGGUCGCUGUGAAGAUCAUUGACAAGACGCAGCUCAACUCCUCCAGCCUACAGAAGCUCUUCCGGGAAGUGCGAAUAAUGAAGGUCCUGAACCACCCCAACAUAGUGAAGCUCUUCGAGGUGAUUGAGACGGAGAAGACGCUUUACCUGGUCAUGGAGUACGCCAGUGGGGGUGAGGUCUUUGACUACCUGGUAGCCCAUGGGCGCAUGAAGGAGAAGGAAGCCCGGGCCAAGUUCCGACAGAUAGUGUCGGCCGUGCAGUACUGCCACCAGAAGUUCAUUGUCCAUAGGGACUUGAAGGCUGAGAACCUGCUGCUGGACGCCGACAUGAACAUCAAAAUCGCUGAUUUUGGCUUCAGCAACGAGUUCACGUUUGGGAACAAGCUGGACACGUUCUGUGGGUCCCCCCCGUACGCAGCCCCCGAGCUCUUCCAGGGCAAGAAGUACGACGGGCCCGAGGUGGACGUCUGGAGCCUGGGGGUCAUCCUCUACACCCUGGUCAGUGGCUCCCUGCCCUUCGAUGGGCAGAACCUGAAGGAGCUGCGGGAGCGGGUGCUGCGGGGCAAGUACAGGAUCCCCUUCUACAUGUCCACCGACUGCGAGAACCUGCUCAAGAAGUUCCUCAUCCUUAAUCCUACCAAAAGGGGCACCUUGGAGCAAAUCAUGAAGGACCGCUGGAUGAACGUGGGCCACGAGGACGAUGAGCUGAAGCCGUACAUGGAACCUGUGCCAGACUACAAGGACCCCCGGAGGACAGAGCUGAUGGUGUCCAUGGGGUACACGCGGGAGGAGAUCCAGGAGUCCUUGGUGGGGCAGAAGUACAACGAGGUGAUGGCCACCUACCUGCUGCUGGACCACAAGAGCUCGGAGCUGGAGGAGAGCCUGUCCCUGAAGCCCCGGCCUGCCCCGGAGGUCGCCAACAGCUCGGGGCCGUCCCCGGCGCACAAGGUCCAGCGCAGCGUCUCCGCCAACCCCAAACGCCGCGUCAGCGACCAGGCCGGCCUCUCCAUCCCCACCUCGGCCUCCUACUCCAAGAAGACGCAGGCGGCCAACGCGGAGAACAAGAGGGGGGGCACAGAGGAGGAGGGGGGGCGCCGGGCAGGCAGCACGGCCAAGGUGCCCCCCAGCCCCCUGCCCAGCCUGGAGCGAGCCAAGGGCACCCCCUCACCCUCCACGAACAGCGUCCUCUCCACCGGCACCACGCGGAGCCGGAACUCCCCGCUGCUGGAUCGAGCCAGCCUGGGCCAGAGCUCGCUGCAGAACGGCAAGGAAAGCCUCCCCACGCCAGGCUGCCGGCCCUCACCCGCCGCCCCCCCGGCCCCUGGCGCUCCCCCCCGCACCCGCCAGCACCCGAAAGCCACCGACGCCAACUGCGACCCCCCCCGGCCCAGCGCCCCCGGGCGGGUGCCGGCCGCCUCCCCCUCCGCGCACAACGUGAGCCAGGCCGGGGGGGAGCGGCCCAGCUUCCCGCGGGGGGUCUCGAGCCGCAGCACGUUCCACGCGGGGCAGCUGCGGGGCCGCGAGCAGCCGGGCCUGCCCUACGCGCUGCCCCCCGCGCCCCCCGGCCUCGGGCCCCCCCCGUCGCCCUCCGGAGCCAGCCAGGGCCGGCGCGGCCCCCCCGGCUCCAGCCUCUUCAGCAAAUUCACCUCCAAGUUCGUGCGGAGAAAUCUGUCUUUCAGGUUUGCCAGAAGGAACCCGCACGAGCCCGAGAGCAAGGACCGGGUGGAGACACUGAGACCCUCGGUGGCUCCGGACAAGGACCCGCGGGACGGUGCCGGCCGCGACGUCAAACCCCGUUCCUUGCGCUUCACGUGGAGCAUGAAGACCACGAGUUCCCUGGAGCCCGGCGAGAUGCUGCGGGAGAUCCGGAAGGUUCUGGAUGCCAACAGCUGCCGCUGCGAGCCCCAGGAGCGCUUCGUGCUGCUCUGUGCCCACGGUGCCCCCGGCCACGACUCCUUCGUGCAGUGGGAGAUGGAGGUUUGCAAACUCCCGCGCCUUUCCCUCAACGGCGUCCGCUUCAAGCGCAUCGCCGGCACCUCCAUGGCCUUCAAGAACAUCGCCUCCAAAGUGGCCAAUGAGCUCAAGCUCUGAGCCCCCCCGAGGGUGGACACGGCAACUGGUAUCGAGCACCAUCAACCAGCGGCAGCAGGCGUCAACCGGUGUCAACUGGCAUC